AUGAAGGUACAAGAUGAUAUUGCAGAUGCUUUGAAGUUGAAGGAAGUCUCUCUAGAGGAAGUUGGGAUCCCUGAGCCAAGUGGUAGCAAUGGCUGCAAGUUGGUGUUGACAACCCGUUCGGAGCAUGUCUGUAAGUACAUGGGUUGUAAGGUGAUAAAAGUGAAGCCACUUUCAGAGGAAGAGGCAUUGAUACUAUUCUUGAAUAAAGUUGGACCUAACAUUGUUCAAAGUCCAACUAUAAUGCCUACUUUGAAGCUUGUUGUCAACGAAUGUGCGGGUCUACCUCUUACAAUUGUCGUGGUAGCUGGUACCAUGAAAGGAGAAGAUAACCCUCGUAUUUGGAAAAAUGCACUCAAAGAAUUGAAAGAGAGAAUAGGGAAGUGGAAGGAGGAAGCUGAGGUAAUCGAGCGCUUGAAAUUUAGCUUCGAUCACUUAAAGGACGAGAAAGUGAAAUAUUGUUUCUUACAUUGCGCAUUAUAUCCCGAAGAUUUUGGAAUUGAAAAGGAUGAACUAAUUGAGUGCUGGAUUGAAGAGGAAUUCAUAGAUGAUAUGAGUACAAGACAAGAAAUGAAAGAUAAGGGCCAUGUUAUUUUGAAGAAAUUAGAAGAUAAUUGCUUGUUGGAAAAUGUCUUGUAUGAAAGAGUGCAAAUGCAUGAUGCAGUGAGAGACAUGGCAUUGUCGAUCACAAGAAUGAAUCCUCGAUGUAUGAUACAAGCAGGUUCGCAAUUAGAAGAGUUACCAGAAAAAGUGCAGUGGAGUCCGGAUAUUGAGAAAGUGUCACUUAUGUAUAACUCCAUAUCAGAAAUUUCCAUAGAUGUGCUGCCCACAAAAUGUCAACUUCUCACAACCUUGUUAUUGCAGGAGAACCCUAUAAAGAAGAUCUCAAUUUCUUUCUUCAUAAACAUGCCUUGUCUUAGUGUUCUCAAUUUGUCCUCUACGAAGAUCAAAAGUUUACCAAAUUCCAUCUCUGAACUAAAGAACCUCACAACAUUGUUGCUUAGUGGCUGUCGAGAAUUAAGAGAUCUGCCAUGUCUUUCGAUGCUUCAAGAAUUGAAGAAGCUGGAUCUAAGUCAGACUAAAAUUGAGGAAGUCCCUGAAGGAAUGGAUAUGCUGGUAAAGCUAAGAUAUCUUGAUCUUCAAGUGUUCAGUCUGAAAGAGAUACCCGCUGGACUUUUACCAAAACUCGUUCACCUUCAGCACUUGAGUUUUGAAGUGGACAAUGAAAAAACAAGUCUAAAAGCAGAGGAGAUGGAACCAUUGAAGAAGUUGGAGUGCUUUACCGGACGUUUCGAAGACAUCGGUGAAUUGAAUAAGUUCAUCUCCUCAAUGCAACAAAGUAAGAAAAAUCUCAUCAAUUACCAUUUACAGGUGUGCUCAUCUCUUCCGAUGGCUUCAGGAGAUAAAACAGUAACAAUUGGAGGAGUCCAGAAUUGGGAAGGUGAGUUAAUUAUGCACCCAAUUGAAAUUCAAGAGUUGAAUAUUUUUGGGUGCGACUAUUUGAGAAGCUUAGUCGAUGACAAUUCUUCCUUCAAAAAUGCGAUUGACUUGAGGGUUUGUUGGAUUUGGAUGUGUGAAGGGAUAGAGUGUGUUGUUUCCCUGUCCUCUUUUGCCUCUUCUUCCGCUCAUCCAUUUCAGAGCCUCGAGGUGUUGAAUCUUUUUAAUCUGCCAAAGUUGAGUGCCCUUAUUAUGAAAGAUGCAGGAAUUGGUUCAGCAACAACAUCAACAGUGGCUCCGUCUGCCUGCUUUUCCCAUCUUAAGGAAAUUAUGAUAUACAACUGCUCAAGUAUGAAGACGUUGCUUCCACAUUGGUUGCUUCCAAACCUCCAAAACCUGGAAGAAAUACAUGUGUCACUCUGUGAUGAGGUAGUAGAAAUAUUGGGAGUAGCAACAUCAGAAGUUGAAGAAAAAGGGAGUGAUGCAUUAAUCAAAUUCCAUCUUCCCAAAUUGAGAGAGUUGUUAUUCAGUGGAUUACCAAAUUUGAAGAGCAUCUGCAGCAAAAGUGGAGUGAUGGUUUGUGAUUCUCUCAAUUUAUCAAAGUUGAUGAAGGUGUGA